GAGGCGCCGGCGCCGGCGACGCCUCUCGAGGAAGUUGGCCCUUUAAUUACAGAGCCAGUUCUCUGUCGCAUCCACCUUCAGCAGCGAGCAGCAGACUCAGUCGGUGUCAGUCCUCUAUCCCGGGUACGGCACCGCGGCCAUGGGCGGCUCGGCCUCCAGCCAGCUGGACGAGGGCAAGUGCGCCUACAUCCGAGGAAAAACCGAGGCUUCUAUCAAAAACUUCAGUCCCUACUACAGCCGCCAGUAUUCUGUGGCUUUCUGUAAUCACGUACGCAGUGAGGUGGAGCAGCAAAGAGAUUCAACGUCCCAGCUCCUGAAGACGAAGCCUCCGUUGGAACCAGGAACUGUUUUGUAUGAAGCUGAGCUCUCACAGUUUGCUGAAGACAUCAGGAAAUGGAAGGACAGAUAUGUUGUGGUUAAAAAUGACUUUGCUGUGGAAAGCUAUGAGAACAAAGAGGCCUAUCAGAGAGGAGCUGUUCCUAAAAGCCGAAUUCUUCCAGCUGCAGGCAAGGUCUUAACCUCAGAAGAAGAAUAUAAUCUCCUGUCUGAUAAGCAUUUCCCAGACCCCAUUGCUUCCAGUGAGAAGAACUCUCAGCCCUUCGUGGUCCUGCCCAAGGCAUUCCCGGUGUACCUGUGGCAGCCUUACCUCAGGCACGCCUACUUCUGUUUCCACGAGGCCGCCGAGCAGCAGAAGUUCAGCGCUCUUCUCAAUGACUGCAUCAGACACCUCAACCACGAUUACAUGAAGCAGACGACAUUUGAAGCUCAAGCCUUUUUAGAAGCUGUACAGUUCUUCCGGCAGGAGAAGGGUCACUAUGGCUCAUGGGAGAUGAUCACUGGGGAUGAAGUCCAGGUCCUGAGUAAGCUGGUGAUGGAGGAGCUCCUGCCCACCCUUCAGACCGACCUGCUUCCGAAAAUGAAGGGGAAGAAGAAUGAGAGGAAGAGGGCCUGGUUUAGUCUCCUGGAGGAAGCCUACAAUCUGGUUCAGCACCAAGUGUCGGAAGGAUUAAGUGCCUUGAAGGAGGAGUGCCGAGCUCUGACAAAGGGCCUGGAAGGGACCAUCCGCUCAGACAUGGAUCAGAUUGUGAACUCCAAGAACUUCCUAACUGGGAAGAUCAGAGCAAUGGUGGCUCAGCCAGCAGAGAAAAGCUGUGGUGAGAGCGUGCAGCCGUUCCUGGCAUCCAUCCUGGAGGAGCUGAUGGGGCCGGUGAGCUCCGGCUUCAGUGAAGUGCGUGCACUUUUUGAGAAGGAAGUAGAGGAACUCAGCCAGAGCUUCCCUGCCACCCAGGACAGUGUCCAGCUGAAAGAGCGCCUGGACCAGCUGACGAAGCUUCCUCUGGAUUCUGUGAAGAUGGAACCUUGUUAUACUAAAGUCACCUUGCUUCCAGAGCGCCUGCUGGAUCUCCAGAGUCGCUUCAGAUUCCCUCAUGUGGAUCUGGUGGUCCAGAGGACUCAGAACUACAUGCAAGAGCUCAUGGAGAACGCAGUGUUCACAUUUGAGCAGUUGCUCUCCCCACAUCUCCAAGGAGAGGCUUCCAGAACAGCAGCUGCCAUCGAGAAGGUUAAGCUCCGUGUCUUAAAGCAAUACGAUUAUGACAGCAGCACCAUCCGGAAGAAGAUCUUCCAGGAGGCAUUGAUUCAAAUCACACUGCCCACCGUGCAGAAGGCACUGGCGGCCACAUGCAAACCGGAGCUUCAGAAGUAUGAGCAGUUCAUCUUCGCAGAUCACACCAAUAUGAUCCAUGUCGAGAACGUCUACGAAGAGAUCUUGUAUCAGAUCCUCCUUGACGAAACCCUGAAAGUGAUCACGGAGGCAGCUAUCUUGAAGAAACACAACUUAUUUGAAGACAACAUGGCCUUGCCCAGCGAAAGUGUAUCCAGCCUGACAGAUCUCAAAACCUCUGUGGGGUCAAACCAGGCCAGCCCAGCCAGAAGAGUGUCUGCCAUUCUCCCAGGGGCUCCAGAUAAUGAAGUGUUCCAGGAGCCAGAGGAAAAGAAACAGCAGCCUGGGGUACCCAGCUCACCGGCCAGAGAAGAAAGUUCUUCCGUCCCUGGGUCCAGUCCUCCUUCAGGUGGGGAUGGGCAGGUGACUGUGUCGAGUGUGGACAGCUCUGCGGGGAGUCCUCUCACUGCAGAGGAUACGGCAGGACCCCUCAGCUCACGCUUGCCAGAGGUGGAAGGUGGCGAGACCCUUAAAGACGAAGAGCCCACCCGUGAAGAGCCAGAGUCCAUCACCACUCCAGGGUCCUUGAAGGAGCUGAAAGAACUGUUGACUGUGACAGUGUCCGUGGAGUCUACCCCAGUGACUGAAAACAAUACACACGAGGAGACACCUGUUCCCCAAGAAAAUGAAAAAGAAGAAGACAAGAUCUACCCAGAAGCCAGCCAUUCAGCUGCCAUCCAGCAGGACAACGCUGAAGAAAGUGAAGUCAGCGAGAUGGGGGGCCAGCCUACCCCUCUGGAAGUAGAGGCUUCUGGAGUAGACUUGGGGACAUUGCCAGAAGCUAGCACUCCCUCUCAGUCCACUGGUGGGGGACCCACUGAGGACACAGGCUGUCUAAGUCCCAUAGAGGAGCCAUCCGAGGCUCCAGAGCCCACUGAGGAGGUGCCCCCAGCCAUGGUUUCCACACAGGACACCACCCACGUAGACAGCGAGGCCGUGGCGGUCACACUGCAAGAAGAUGCCAUGUUAAGUUCUUAUCCCGUCUGUUCUAUGGAGAAGAAUGAGAUGCCCCAGGUUUCUGAGAAUCCAGAAGUGCUGGGAGGGAAUGAUAGCCCAGCCCUUGCUGUGGAUACUGAGCAAGUCAAUGCCGCUCACGUGCACCUGUGCCAGUGGGUGGUAGAGGACGCCCCAGGUGCCAGCAUCCCAGAGAUGCUUGAUAAUGAUGGGAACUCCCCUGAACAGCCCUCAGAGGAGUAGUAGAAACAAUCUGGCCAGAGUUUUUCUUUUAAAGCUGUUGGUCAAAGAGGUUAGUUAUGGGUGUCCAUAGGGGAUUGCAUGUGGGUUGCUAUAAAAUUUAUAAAAUUUCCUUAAUCUGAAUGAAAUGUAUACAGGGUGUGAAGAUUCAGGUCGACUUUGGGGAACUGGACCGCUCCCUGAGAAUGGUUGCUUUAGCAUCUUACUAGAAAUGAUGGGAGAGCAGGAGUAUUGGGGUAAAAAGCAGUAAAGGGCUCCAGAGAGGAAGCAGUACUACAGCACACACUUAAGGAGCCGGGGCUGGCCCUCCGUAUUCUCUGCACUGAACUGUGGUACAGAUGGUUGCACGUUAAGGUAUUUUUAGCAAGAGUGCCUUGCCACCUGCUUCACUGCCCUCAAGUGGCAUUUGUCCAUUGCCAGGCCACAAGAAAGAGAGAGUCAUGAGCACUAGGCACCCGUGCCCUGUGAAGUCAUGGCUGGCAGAUCUCAGGCGAUGCAGAGGAAAAUUCCAAGGUGGAAGGUCUGUGGACUAUCUAGGGCCCUGCUCCUAAUCCUGCUAUCAAUUCCUUGUUGGUUAAUUUUGUUGAUUUGUCUUAGUUAAUCACUUUUUGAGGAAAUUCAGGUGGGGCAAGAGAUUUCAUUGGUUGUGCAAAGUGCUCAGCUAAAUUUUCUAGCUCAAAACCUCCCAAUUACACAGACAUUAUUUGAACGGCUAGUACAUGCUCUGCUAGACACAGUAAUAACUAAAGAUCAGGUGUUUUUGCUUCAUAUAAAUUAAAGGGCUCAUGAGAAUUUAGUCUAGAAGGAAAGAAUUUUUUUCCAACUUUAAGUUUCAAACCAUGACAGCUUUCACUCUCUCUAUUUACACAGUCCAGGUUUAUUCUCAGAAGGGAACAAGUGAAUGCAUGAGUGAACAAAGAAAUGAGUGAAAUCAUUCAAGUUUCUGUCAUUCCCAAGAUAUCACCAAAAGUAGAAAUGGUUUGGUCAUUCAGCAAAUAGUUUCUUAGGUACCCUAACAGGUAGCAAGCCUGGGGAUACCAUAAUGGAAAGACCACUGUUCUCACUUUCUGAAGGAAACAGAAAGGAAUUCACCUUUAACAUAGAUUGCAACCCGUAACAGUUAGUAUAAGAGAUGAAUGGACUCAACUUCAAUGGGUCCAAAAGGCGUAUCUUACUGUGUUUCAGAAAAAUCUGAAUGUUUCCUGAACAUUGCAGUCCUGGGCUGCCCGACACUUCCUUUCACAUUUUUACAUCAGGACCUCACACUUUGUCCUCAGAGUUUGUUUUCACUCGUCCCAUCAAGCCUCUCCUUCAGAGGACUUAGCAGGAAUCCAGUCACUUCCCUUCCCACGCCUCCCACAAAGGAUUUCUAAGUCAUAAAGGAUGAGCAAUAAUCACAUCAGCAUGGUCUCAUGUGAAUCAUUUCACCUUCUCUUAGAAUGCUUGUGUCCUACCAUUAAGUAAGGAAGCCUGUCUCUCGGUGGUCCCUGUUUACCUUACUCCUGGCCUCCAGCAUGCUGUACCAAAAUUGUGUUUACUCCCUAUCUUUUCCACAACCUCCUUUCUUCAAGGACUUUCAAGGACUGAAACGAGGGAUUAGUCAUCAUUUGUUCUUUCUGCUGGAAACCCACAGCCUUGAAUAAUGGCUUUCUGCAUGCCAAGUAACUUUAGCAAUCCACGACCCAGCACAAAGACUGACAAGUUUUAUGCCGCUGUGGAAAUGUGGGAACUAAACACCUGGCACACUACUGUGCAGGCCUAUUUGGGACUUGCUUUUAGACAGGGAGAGGUUUUUAAUUAACUUUCUGACCUUGUUGAAUCUUCCCAUAAAUAAAGUCCAACGCUGAAGGGGCAGGUGGCCAAAUGGCCAGCAGCACUGCCUGGUAAGGCAGGGAGCCAGAAAACUGUCUAGCCCCACAAACAUUGCCCUUCUUUCUCGGAGAGCCACGGCUAUCACAGAGUCCCAGCUCAUGCCAACCCCACUCCAGAACGCUCAUCUUCUCUCCUUUUGCUCACCCCAUGAGAAACUAUGUGUAAAUGAGAGUGUAGAAGCACAGAUUAAGAUACAUGGGACUUGGUUAAAUGUAGGUUAAUUUGGGGAGAAGUCACUUACAAAAGGAACCGAUGACCCGCAAGUUCCAGUUCCAAGGAUCCACACCCAGGCUGCUUUCCGUGACCUGGCCGGAACCAAGAGAGAGGGAGCUUGUCCGGGACCCCAGACCAAAUACCUGCUCAUGUACGCACCUGUGGUCAGCGCCACAGAUGCGGCUGGGUGGAUCUCUCACUACAGUUCCCCUUCUAGUGGAAUGAAAAGAUUUAAACUUGAUACGUAACUACAUACAAAGAUAGCAAAUAUCAAGUGUGCUCUAGCAGAAGACUAAGACCUAUCGCCAGUGAAGCAACUAGAGCAAAUGGCAAGAACUCCACGAAUUAGCAGAUGAGAACCAGUGCCGAUCAGGAAGGCCAGAGAGGAAUAGGCACUAAGUAGCAAGACAUUUUAGAAAACUCCAAGAACCCUUCCAUGCGUGUUUCACACAGCCGAGUUCUCCAAACUAGGCAAGGCAGCUGUUACACUGGAUGAUGGAUGAGGAGGCCACUGUGCAUGGGGUGUGUGUGUGGUGACGUGUCAAAAGCUUGUCUAGCUUCUCAUAAAUUUACCUGUGUCCUGUUGUGUCCAUGGUGAAGCAAGGUGCUGGGGAUCUGAAUGGGCAACUUCUGUCUUCGGCAAAGCUGUUAAAGACUCCUGGUUCUUGGCCCAAACUCCAGGACUUUAAAACCAGUUAUGCUACUUACUGACCUUUCACAAAGAAAGAGAUUUUCCUUGGGAAAAAAAUGACUUGUUAUUUUGUCCUGUGUAACUUGGCCCAGUGUAUGGAAUCAUGCAGGAACCACACACACACACCCCUUGGAGAUUACCAAGUCAUAUUCCAGUUGUCGUUUUCAAAGAGGUUGAGUGCAAAGAAGGGCACAUCAUUAUGUUUGGCCUAUAAAAUCUGUAGGUUUUAUUAUUAUUAUACAGAUCCUCAUGUUUGCCAUUGUAAUUCUUCAGAUUAAAGUCAGUGACUUCAAAGAAUUUUACAGUUCUCUGAGACAAAAGUGACUUUAACUUGUUUGUAAAAUGUGGCCUGGGGGUAUGGUUUCAGCUAGAGGACUGGAGGUCCUAGCAGGCUGGAGGUCCUACUUUAACCCAAAAGUGUGUUGGGGGAGCUAUGUGAGCUACAUAGUCUUCAGUACAUUAUUGACUCAAAAUCUUAAACCAUAAAAUAGUUCCACUAUGUGAGAAUGCAGGCCAUGCGCCAUCUGUACCAUAGCCACACACAACUAUGGAUUUGCUUUCUCAAGUCUGAGACUUAGUGAAAAAGAAUUCUACACUGUUUUAUUUUUUUGCAUUCAUUAUAUAAAGCAAGUAAACUAAAAACACUUUGUAACCAUGUAUUUACUCUGUCAAGUGCCUGUAUUCCAAUAAAACAUUCAUCCCUGAA